AUGAAAGAGAAAGCCGCCGCCGCUGUGAUCGACACCACAUUGAUAGAUGCUCUGACACCGCCUCUUCGGGUGCGAGUGGGAUCCCAGGUCCGGGAUGUGGUGGGUGCGGUGCGGGAGAGGCACUCGCCGCCCGCCGCCCCCUUCACUCGGAUGUUAGAGUUUGGGAGCAAACUUGUUUUAUAUCAACACUUCCUUCUACAUCGGGCGCCGUCGCCUCAACUGUGCGUGGGGGGCGAGGCGCCCACCCCGCACAAGAACAGAGGAGCCGGGGAGAAGAGACGGCCUCGCUGCCCACGGGGUAAGCGGAGCCCAGUCAAGCUCGGGAGCGGGCAGCAGAGCCACAGGAGUGACCGCCACUCACACCAGAAAACCCCUCCCCCCCCCGCAAUUUUUUUGCCAACUCGAGUCGGCUACAGACAGUCCAGUGUGUCCUUAAUUACAAGGAAGAGAGAAAAGCACGGUGCCCCUCGAGUCCUCUCCGCCCCCUCGGUCCUAACCCCCGCCCAGGCUCCAGGUCUUCCCCUUUGUGUGGCCUGGACUCUCUCCCAGCUACAACUUUGGUGGGAUCCCAAAGGAAGGAGGUGGCGGGGCCUACGGAAGAGGAUACUCAGGAGCCGAGGAGAAGGGCUAGAAAACGAAGAAUGUGACUCCAGAGGCGGAACUCCGACCCCCUCGAAUUCCCACCCCGUCUUCGCCUGGAGACGAAAGCUGUGGGGCAUCUUCAGUUUAACGGACUUCGCGGAAAAGGAGAGAAGGGGGGGCGAGGGAAAUGGCAGUUUGUGUCCCAGGGGUUCUUCCGCUUCUUCUUGCCGCCUCCUAAAGACAAACAAACUCAACCCCCCACCCUCCGGGGUAUCAGGGAACUCGUGGGACCGUGAAAAAGUCGUUCCCAAAUCCGGCCGCCUGCGGACGUCGGGCUUCCGCGGGGCCGGCGCCCGUUGGCGUCUGCAGCUCGGCGCAGCCUCGCGGGGCUCGAGCGAGCGGGGUCCGCCACCCCUCCCGCCCUCCUGCGGCUUUCCCCGCGCUGGGCCAGUGCAGGCCGAGCCCCGCGUCCCUGCCUCGCUGGGUAGGGGUCCCGGGCGCGGCUGUCCAGAGGGCCGCCUCCUCCCGCGGCCCGCGGGCAAGGGGCGCAACCCAUCCCGCUCUGCAGGCCGCCCCUCUGCCAGCUGGGAGGUGAGGGUACACGUCCUAAGGGUGCCCAAGAGGGAGAGGAAUCGCGCCGGUAGGAGAGCGCACGGGAACCAGCAACGCGAGGCAGGCACAGGGGAGCCGAACGAGCCAGACAGGGCCCGGCCACGCGCCCUCGUCGCUGGGCUGCUCUCCGCGACGGGAACCCGGGCUCCCACGCAUGGGGAAUGCCUAGAUUGGAGCAGGAAUGGAGGUGGGAGCUGGAGUCAUUUUGCGGGCCACAGGACUGCUCAUUUCGUGGGCAGGACGUGACAUUCUUGUCCCUCGUUUCUGAAAAACUUUUCUCAGGCGCCUGAACUUGGCACGGGGACCGGCCUCGGAAGGCCGGCGGGUAGCACGGCCGCAGCCUCCAGCCCUGGGCCCUCCUCGCCCAGUCCCUCCUUGUCCCUCGGCCCGCCCCCCGGGUCGGGGACGCGCGCGGAAAGGCCGCCCGCGCGCGCGAGUCGCGCCUUAUAUCUGCUGAGGGCGGCGCCUGCGCAGGGCCCGGCGCGGCGGCGCGGCCUUUGAAGUCGCGGCGGCUGCCGCUUUCAUCCUUUCUUUUUUCCCUCGCAGGCCCCUUUGUGUGACUAAAUUUGGCAAGAAUAUGGAUCCGAGCCAGUCUUUCCACGUGUGCUCCCAGCUCCCAGCUGAGAAGGCCAAGGGUUCUCUUCCGGAUGCAGCCUUUUUGAAAUUUAUUCUUGGCCAAAAGAGGAACAUAGAUCAAGGAUUCUAUCUUGCUUUUGCAGGGCAAUGGAGAGACCCUGAAAACAAGGAAAACCUGAGGCCUUCUAUAAGAAAAUAAACUCCCUGAAAGGGGAGGCAUGGCCAAGGAAUUUACUUAUUUUUAUAAAUCUCUUUCCUGGAUGGAUAUGGUAAUGGAUGUGUUUCUUGAAUUGUGGUAAAUGCACCUCAUAAAAUGGAUGGACUGGGGCUGUAUUCUCAGGCUUCCUGGGCUCCGUUGACAUUGGGCAAGCAUAUAAUCCCUGGUUUGAGGCUAGAAGCCAAAGCCACAACCUUCUUGCAGUACCAACUGAGCCAUUGGGAGAUUAAUGCAGAACAAGGUCAUUAGUCUCAUUGUUUAUCCGGUUACUAGCCGCACAGAUUUGUGUAAAUUUCAACUACAGUGGUUGCAGCCUGCCUUUGAUGUGUGUAAUCUGUACAUUUUAGUGCUCCAGGAAAGUGCCUGAUUGACAAGAUCUACAUCCAAUGCCCAAAAAACACAUCCUGCACAGGCACAGUGAAGCGUAGAGUUGAACAAUUUUCCAGUGAGUUCCGUCAAAGUAAAUAAACCAACCUAGAGGGUCAGGAUUGAGCCUCCUUUUUUCAUGA